AUGAUGUUGUCCAACAGUCCAGGCUCAGAUCUCAGAGUCCUUGCUUCAAACGAGAAAUCCGUCAAAAUCGGAAUGCCAUUUCGCUCCAAUGUGGAUGGGAAAAACAGCACCGAUGCUACGUAUGCUAUGUAUGCUAGCGUGCCCAUGUUCAUGCUAGUUACCAUGCUUGGCGAUGCAGUUCUCAAAGCUGUUGCAAAGUUUGCCGACAUCGAAUCUAUAGUUCUGAUGAGAGGCGAUGUUUCAGUAGAAAAGAUAUCUGCUUUGUCGAAGUUUUCCAUGCCGUAUGGUCUGGCAUCCGUACACCAAACAAGCAAUAAAAUACAAAUAGAUAUCGUCACAUUUACCAUUGUUACAAAUAGGAUAAAAACUACAAAGCACCCUCAAGAUUUGUCAGUUUAUUGUUUCUUGGUAAACGUUGCGCGUGGAGCAGAAGAAAUACAAAAGCGAGAAAAAGAAGACUUGCGACAGUUGGAAUAUAUUUCCUUGAUUAAAACUUUGCUAAAACAAACGAACUUGUUAAGUUCGUUCGAUGGCUUUCUCCUAGCAACUAGCACAAUAUUAGCAUCGAUGGUUGUCAGAUUCAAACCACUUUUGAUCGCCUCGGCAAUGUCAUAUCUCUUGUAUGCCGGAACUGCCCUUUUGCUACCAGGACCAAUGGCAAGAUAUGGACUUCCGACUAUGUCCGAAACUGCUGAACCGAAACUUGCGGCAAGAUCGGACGAAGCAGGAUCCUCAAGCAACAAGAUCUUCGACAAUGUGAUGGCCGAAACUUUGAUGCGAAGCAUCCAAUUCAGUCCAGUGAUGACCGUUUUAACGAACGUUUCCGUGAACGUAAUAGCAGAUACCAUGUCUCGGCUGAGAUUCAUGAGUCGUAUGCUGGUUACACAAAUAGGCAUUCUGCAAGGAAAUAUGUCUUUGCUUUCUCGCAUGUUGAGCAAUGAAUGUAUGUCGAGAUUUUUAUGCCGGGUUGGCCAGUUUACGGAUGUUAACUUUCCAAUGGUAUCUUCGUCAUUGAGAUCUCUUGCGUAA